CAAAAGGUUACGAGUCUAAAAUUGUUAACUUCUUCGUUCAAAAGGUUACUUGACGUAGUGGGUUGAUAGAAACAUAUAGCUUGCAAAAAUAAACCAUUUUGAAAAUUCCAGUGCUGUCAACUCAGAAGUCACAGAAACAAAAUCAAGCCUGUGUUAUCAAGUGUAUAUGAUGUGAUAUGGACAUGAAUACUUACUUGUGGUACUGCUAUUACGUACAGGUGCAGCCCGCAGGGUAAGCGUAUAAGCAGUUCCCGUUUAGCUGCACUACAGGAUGUGUUCAUCCUGUGCUGGAAGGCUGCACCUAGGUAGUGCAAGUGAGAAUUGGUAUUGAGCGAUUCUUCCAUGCCCCCGGUUGCGAUGUGAACACGGAGCUCUGUACGGAAACAUUAAAAGCUCCAGUAAAGUCCUUGUUGUCGAUUGAGUUCCGAGCGAGCUGAAAAACUCGUUACAACACACUUCCAUCGUGUUUUAAUUGCUCAUGAUAAUCGUGGUAAUGAUAUGAUACAGUGUUCACGGAUUAAAAUUUCUGGCGACUGAAAAAGUAACGGUUCCGUAUAAACGUUCGCGAAAUUCACUCAAUACAACAAACAGUAUUUUGCACAACUCAGCGAUGUCUACAAAGAGCAGCUUGAAUGUUCAGGACGAUUAUGACGAUCUCUAUGAAGGCUACGAAGACGCAUCGUUGUUCAGCACGGAAAAGGAUUUGUUGGAGGAUGCCGUUUUACAACGAUCCAUUCAGAGCAGCUAUGGUGAACGACGGAAAAGUGGAUCUGCAAUGCCCAGUAGAACUGCGACUGCUUCGGGGUCUCGUCUAGGAGUUCAGACGGGCAGGACUAUUGCUCGCCCUACCAGCACCGCUCGUCUGUCCGCCGGAAGUCGUAAUGAUUUUCGACCAGCUUCUUCCAUUCGAGGUGUUGGAUACUCUGCAAAAAGUAAUCGAAGCAGUGCCAGUUCCGGCAUGGGAAGUCCAAGCGGACGGCACUCAUCGGCAACCCCGAUCCUCGUGCCUCCGUUGGAUCCCGCUGACGAUGAUAUUCCAUCCAAAAGCGCACUGAGUCGGUUUCGACGCUUGGAACAAGACAUCCGUUCCCUUCUUGACGAAGCUGUUCUGUUGGCUGCCAGAAACCUGUAUCCACAGGCUCUGGAAAAGAUGAAGCAAAUGGACAAACUUCGCCGCAGUUUACAGGAUCUCCCUGAGUGGAAUCCGAAGGAUAAAAAUGCUUUGAUAAACCCGCUGUUGUUCAAGAUAAACUGGUACUACGCGGAAAUUUUGGCUAUGAAUCACAAGUUCAACGAAGCAAUCAAGAUUUACACGGAACUGUACACUUCUACAUCAAAGGAUGAACAAACAUUUGUGUUGUCCCGAAUUGCACUUAUACAUCGCCGACGGGGAGAAUACGAGCAAGCGCUUCACAUAAUUCAUAAACUGCUGGAUGACCUUUCCGGCGACGGAAAUGCCGACAAAAUCGAGAUGUUGCACCAGGCCGCUUCUUGUUACGCCUUGAUGAACCGUUGGGACACCGCGUACAAAUACUGUCAAAUGAUCCUCCAAGAUGCCGACAGCCCGAAAGCAGCGUUCAACAGCCUGGUCUGCCUAGUGGCCACCAAGGCCGAAGCGAAGAAAAUUGAAAACGCCUUUGUACGUUUGGUCGAAAUUCGGCCCAAAGAACUCGAUCGGACUCCGACAAGUAUUCCCGACGAGUAUCGUGAAAUCAUCGAGAAUGAUUCGUUGCGAGUGUGGGAAAACACAUACAAAGCACAGUGUGAAAAAUACAUACGAACCGCGGCGCAGUUAGUGGCUAAUCUGGACGAAGAUGUUGUUGCAGGAUACGAAUGGUGCAUUUCUCAAGUUAAAUCUUCAGCGUGGCCCGAUUUAAUCGUUGCACUGGAGAUGGCCAAAGCUUGGACAUACAUGAAGCAGAAUCAGUUCAAUAAGACGAUUGAAAUUCUGACGUCCCAGAAUAACAAUUUCGAAGACAACCGCCUGUUGUCGCAGUCGUGCACUGUGCUGACGUUUCUCCAUUUUAACCUGGACGAUAUGAAACAAGCGAAUGAAUAUGCGCUAAAAGCGUAUCAAGCAGAUAAAUUCAAUGUCAAAGCAUGCACUAAUAUGGGCUGUAUGGAAUAUGCCAACGGAGAUUUUACGGCCGCACUGCAGUACUUUCAAGAAGCUUUAGUCUUAACUUCAUCGGAUUUCUGGGCGUCGUAUUAUGCCGGACUCACUCUCAGCGCCCUCGGAAGUCAUCAGGACGCGCUGGCGGUUUUUUUGAAACUGAACGCAGCCCAUCGACAGCGUCCCACUGUGCUGUACCAGAUCUCUCAGCAGUACGAAUUACUGGAUGAACCUGUGGAGGCUUUCAACUGGUUGCAGCAGGUCUUCACGCUGCAUCCACACGAGCCCUUUGUGCUGGAGCAUUUGGGCGCUCUGGCCGAUAAACUCGGGGAUAAGGGCGCGGCCUUGUGGUACUAUAACGAGUCGUACCGCAUCUACCCGGCUAACUUCAGUGUCCUUAACUGGCUUGGACGCUUUUUUGUAGCCAGUCAGUUUCCGGAGAAGGCCAUUAAAUUUUUUGAACUAGCUGAAAAAUUAGACUCCAGUGUUCCGAAGUGGUCACUAUUGGUUGCCGGUGCUAUGCGGCGUGCCGGUCACCUUACGGAUGCUUACAACAAAUAUGUGGAAAUACAUGAAGCAUUUGCCGACGAUAUGGAUUGCCUAAAGAUUUUGAUCAGGAUUUGUCAGGAGACGCACGCGCCGUCCAGUGAAAUUCAGAAAUAUCAGAAGGAGUUGGAUCUCUUGCGGCGAACGCGUCCCGCGGAAGUGGCGUCCUCCAGUCGCGCGCAGACCGCGAUGAGAGGCGCGGCGUUGACAGACACUGUCGGCAUCAUCUCCGAGCGUCUGUCCACAGCUCGUAAAUCGCCACUGCCGCAGUCACCAGCAGCCACUCCCGCCGGCAGUGCCAUCUCACUGGGGCGUGUCGGCAGUGUCACAGCUGGUCUCGCGUUGGAUGCCGACGAUCUUGAGCAGUUCAUGCUUGUAGACGUCCGACCAGGAACGGCCAAGCGACUGCCGUCUCGAGCCGGGCCACCGGUAGCCACUGACGAGACCGACUUAAACGUAGACGACAUUCUCCCUGGACUCAAACGAUAGCACCGGAAGUAAAUUUCCUCCAUGAUUUUUUAUGUUGAUUCCUUAUAUUUUCAUCAUCUGCUGUUGUGUACAGUGUUGCGCACUUUUUUGCUAUAAUACGGACUAACGGAGUAUAUUCUAAGGUUGUGGCCAGAUAUUGACGGGUUAUUUUGGACGCAUCUCUAACUGACAUAAAUCGCUGUCAGAUUAUCAUAAAAAUUA